CAUUACUCCAUAGUUCAUAUAUGCAAGAAAUACUGUGAAUUUCAGGAAACACGGUUUCAGAAUCACCAAACGGCUCCUAGUCGAUCUAUUACCAAUUUAUUUUUAAUAAAAUAAUUAAUUAGUUUUUUAGACAUAUCGACUACUAUUUCCGUUUUCUUUUUUAUUUUCUGAUAAGGAAUAAACCAUUCUAGCAAAUCUCGUAACAGAAGGGGGGAAGAAGGAGAACCGAAACCAAUUCCGCCGCCGCCGCCGUCGUUUGUGGCUGCCCGCACCGUCGCGGCGAAAAUCCGUCACCAUUCAUAGCCACUGCUCUUCAAAGUUCAAAUCAAUUCUCCGAUUCUCUCUCUCGUUUCGCCCUUUGUUCGUGCGGCACCACGGCCGUGACAAAACGCUCUCGCCGACACCGUCAUCGGCCGCUAAAUUCAAAUCGUAGUUAUAUACGGAGAGAGAGGGAGAUAGAGUUGGCUCGGCUUCACCAGGAGAGCACGGUGAGCUCGAUUUAUGGCUGGUUUCACGAAUUAAGCUGAAGCAGGAGCCGGGAAAGCGACAGAAGAACCUCAUUUGAAGGAGGAGGAGGAGGAAGAUGGAGCAGCAGCUAGGCUUCUCCUUCUUCUCUUUCUGUUGAGAUUGAGUCUUUUGGGGUCAAAAUUCAUGGCGGCCUCUGCCCAACACCGCUGCGUUUUUGUUGGGAACAUACCCUAUGAUGCAACGGAAGAGCAACUAAUAGAAAUCUGCAGAGAGGUUGGGCCGGUUGUCUCUUUCAGAUUAGUUGUUGACAGAGAAACUGGAAAACCGAAGGGUUACGGGUUCUGUGAGUAUAAGGAUGAAGAGACAGCUCUCAGUGCUCGGCGUAACCUCCAGGGUUAUGAGAUCAAUGGCCGGCAAUUGCGUGUAGAUUUUGCGGAGAACGACAAAAAUACGGAUAGAAACAAAGAACAGGGUCGACAAGCUUCUAAUACUGAUCCUAGGAGACAUGGAGGACCCCCUGCAAACAUUGCAGAUGCUACACAGCAUCAGCCAAUAGGUCUCCACAUAGCCAUGACCGCUGCCACUGUCAUGACUGGAGCUUUAGGUGCUACUCAGACAGCAGUGCAGCCGAAUCAUGCUGCUUUCCAGGGUCAGUCGGCAUUAACAAGUGACCCCUUGACACUUCAUUUGGCAAAAAUGUCUAGGAGUCAAUUGAACGAAGUUAUGACUGAGCUGAAGGUAAUGGCAACACAAAACAGGGAAGCAGCUCGUCAACUGUUGCUUGAGAGGCCUCAAUUGCCAAAAGCACUUUUUCAGGUUCCCAGUGCUUAUGCUAAUACAUUGACUUCACUCGUGCUAUUUCCCUUAUUUCUCUGCAAAAAUUGGGCAAUAUUGAAGUUUAAGCUCACAAAUGUUGUCCCCAUGCUUUCGCAGGCACAAAUAAUGCUAGGAAUGGUCACCCCAGAAGUGCUGCAAAUGCCAAAUAUAAGAGCACCUUCAAGUCAACUGGCAUUACCACCAUUGCAAGACACUCAGCAGGGUAAACAUGCCCUUCAGACAUUGGCAGGGUCAGCCCUUCCUUCCCAGGGGACAUACCCUAGUUUGGUGACUCAAGUACCAGGUGGUCGCUCAUCUGUAGUGCCUCUCAAUCCUUCAGUACAAGACCAGGUUUCUACAUCCCCAAUGCAUCCUCCAAAUAAGACCCAUGUUCUUCCGCAAGCUCUAUUACCCGGGAAAUCUGUAGUCCCAAUACCUCUUCCUGCGCAACCCAUUACUAGACCACCAAAUCAGGCGACAGUAGAUUCGUCGCUCUUAACCCAACAAAUUCAACAAUCCAUUGUACAGAACCCAGGACAGUCUGGAGGUGGAAAUUACGGCUACAAAUCCCAAAUCAGUCUUCGUCCAUUUGUGUCAGAAACAUCAACAAAGCCUGAGCCGCUGAUGUCAUCAGGCAUUUCAGAUCCUGGUAGCAUGGAUGCCCGUCCUGCUAUUCAGGUUCCCGAUGAAGCUACAAGGUAUAACCGGAACAUGGCUUACAGGCAAGCAAACACCUUUCAGGAUCCCAGUGAACCAAGUCAUCGACCUACAAAGCUUCUGAAGUUGGACGAAGGCAGGAACACGUCUUCCUCAAUUGGGGAUCGUAACAUGGCCAACAACACCGGAUUUGGUCCAAGCCAAACGGUCCCAGUUAUUUCAGUGCCUACGAAGCCACUCCCCAAGCCAGAAGAGAAACAAGCACCUCAGCUUGCACCAGAUGUGGAAUCUGCCCUGCUCCAGCAGGUGCUAAGCCUUACACCAGAGCAGUUGAGUUCAUUGCCACCGGAGCAGCAGCAACAGGUGAUUCAGCUCCAGCAAGCACUUAGACGAGACCAGAUGCAGCCGUCAUAGCAGCAGGUAGUUGUCGUUUGCCCACCGCGCUCCUAGUGAAGAGAAUAGCCUGCUGCUGCCAUAUCAGCUCUGUAACCUAUUCUUAUGUAUGAUGAACUCUCGUUUCAGCGAGAACCUGCAGUUUUGUUUUUAUUUCACUUAGGGAAGAAGAGAAGGAAAAAAACCCAUCUUGUAUCCUCAAGGUAGAGUGCCAAAUUUCAGCACCAUAGAUAAGGGGGGUUGCCUUGUAGAAGGAGUUUUACCUUUUGUACCAUUAUUGUUCAGUAGAGGUUUUAUAAAUAUUUGUUCUGCAACUUUUUUGGUGUUGGGUUUUGGGAUGGAAGUAAUAAUAGGUGAUCGUUGCUUCGAUGUAGUUUGAUUGUUGCAACUCUAUUCCAAAAUCGAAAAGAAGACUAGCGAUAUUCGUUUCAUCAGAAUCCAAAAUUUGGAAUCGAUAAUGAAUUC